GGGCGCGGGGCGCAGCCAUGAGCGAGUCCAGUGCCAGUGCGCUCCCGCCCGGCAGGCCCGGCAGGCAGGCCUUCAUCCACCAAGGUAGGGCGGCGCGGACCCGGCUCCAGGCGGCCGGCGGGUGCAAGCGGCCGCGAGGUGCUGGGAGCUCGGCGCGGGCCCGGCCCCCUCUCCACCUCCCGGCUUGGGGGAAAACGGAUCUUUUUUAUUGCUGGUCUCCCUCCUCCAACCCAUCCUCACCCAAUUCAGAGAGCGCAUGCUCUACCAAAAGGAGCACUAUUAAUGGGAGUCUCGACAGUGAGAGCCUCUCUUUGGACUCCAGUUGCUUUUCUUCUCCACCUGUGAAUUUCCUUCAAGAAUUGCCAAGCUACCGGUCUAUUGCUCGUAAGAGGACGACCAUCCUUUCCCGGGACAAGCAAAGUGGCACUUUGCUGAAGCCAACAGACUCUUACAGCUCCCAGUUGGAGGGAGAAAUCACUGAAAACCUUGACAGCCAAUCCAUUCGGAAAUACGCACUGAACAUCUCUGAGAAGCGGAGACUAAGGGACAUUCAGGAGACCCAAAUGAAGUACUUAUCUGAGUGGGACCAGUGGAAACGGUAUAGCAGCAAGUCUUGGGAGAGGUUCAUAGAGAAGGCUCGCGAGAUGACAACCCACCUGGAGCUGUGGCGGGAGGACAUUCGCAGCAUAGAAGGGAAAUUCGGCACUGGAAUUCAGUCCUACUUCUCCUUCUUACGGUUUCUGGUAUUGCUGAAUUUGGUGAUAUUUCUGAUCAUCUUUAUGCUGGUUUUGCUCCCAGUCUUGCUCACCAGAUACAAGAUCACCAACAGCAGCUUUGUGCUCAUUCCAUCCAAAGGCGCGGAUAUUCAAUGCACAGUGUAUCCAAUAAGUAGUUCUGGACUCAUUUACUUUUACAGUUAUAUCAUAGACUUGCUUUCUGGCACUGGUUUCCUGGAGGAUACCUGCCUCUUUUAUGGACAUUACACCAUGGAUGGGGUGAAAUUUCAGAACUUCAUCUAUGAUCUGCCUCUGGCUUAUGUGUUAAGCACAGUUGCCUACCUGGCCCUGAGCCUUCUUUGGAUAGUGAAAAGGUCGGUGGAAGGGUUCAAAAGUAAUCUGAUCCGGAGCGAGGAGCACUUCCAGAGUUACUGCAACAAGAUCUUUGCGGGCUGGGACUUCUGCAUCACCAACCGCGGCAUGGCGGACCUGAGGCACAGCAGCCUGCGCUACGAGCUCCGAGCAGAUCUGGAGGAAGAAAGAAUACGGCAGAAAAUAGCAGAAAGGACCUCAGAAGAAACGAUACGGAUUUACUCUUUGAGACUGUUUUUGAACUGUAUCGUGCUGGCCGUUUUAGCGGCAUGCUUUUAUGCAAUCUAUAGAGCGACUAUAUUCUCUCAAGAACACAUGAAAAAAGAAAUUGACAAGAUGGUUUUUGGAGAGAACCUCUUGAUAUUGUACCUGCCUUCUAUUGUGAUCACGCUGGCCAAUUUUAUCACCCCAAUAAUCUUUGCCAAGAUCAUCCACUAUGAGGAUUAUUCCCCAGGCUUUGAGAUCCGGCUGACAAUCCUUAGGUGUGUCUUUAUGCGGCUGGCCACCAUCUGUGUGUUGGUGUUCACUCUGGGCUCCGAGAUUACAUCCUGCGAUAACUACUCGUGUGAGCUCUGCGGCUACAACCAGAAACUCUACCCGUGCUGGGAGACCCAAGUUGGGCAGGAAAUGUACAAGCUGAUGAUCUUUGACCUCAUCAUCAUCUUGGCUGUGACACUCUUUGUGGAUUUUCCUAGAAAGUUCCUGGUGACCUACUGUUCCUCUUGGAAGCUGUUUCGGUGCUGGGGACAGCAGGAGUUUGCUAUCCCUGAUAAUGUUCUAGGGAUCGUUUAUGGGCAAACCAUUUGCUGGAUAGGAGCCUUCUUCUCACCCCUUCUUCCUGCAGUUGCAACGUUGAAGUUCAUUAUCAUCUUCUACGUGAAGGAGAUAAGUCUUCUUUAUACCUGCAGACCCUCUCCGAGGCAGUUCAGAGCAUCUAAUUCUAAUUUCUUCUUCCUUUUGGUGUUGCUGAUUGGGCUGUGCUUGGCAAUAAUACCUCUGACAAUCAGCAUGACACGCAUCCCUUCCUCCAAAGCCUGUGGACCCUUCACCAACUUCAACACCACCUGGGAGGUGGUCCCCAAGAUGGUGAGCACCUUCCCCAGCUCGCUGCAGUCUCUGGUCCAUGGCAUCACGUCGGAAGCCUUCGCAGUGCCUUUCUUCAUGAUCAUCUGUCUCGUUAUGUUCUACUUCAUCGCCCUAGCAGGAGCGCACCAGCGGGUGGUCGUCCAGCUCCGAGAGCAGCUGUCCCUGGAAAGUCGUGACAAGCGUUAUCUAAUCCAGAAACUAACAGAAGCCCAGAGGGAUAUGAGGAACCGGCUAGACUGACGGGGAGAUGCUGCAGCGUGAGGUUUGCAGGCUGGCCUGGUGACCUGCCAGCCUACACCAUCCACCUGAGAUUUUAGCAGAAAUUUUUAAAUAUAUUUUUCUGGAGUUUGGGCCUUUCCUGAAAGUGGCUCCAUUCGUGCAGCUCCAGUGCCUGUGUUUACAUAACCCAGCCCCUGUUUAAUGCUUUAGGGACUUAGAAAAGUAGGUUUGCCUGAGGCCCAGCAGCUGAGGCUCAACCAAGACACUGAAGCCAUUGAAGCUUUUCAACCAAAAUUGAGGAGAGACCAUUUACAGUUUUACAAGCUUAUUUGUAUUGUCUUUUAAAGUUAACCGUAGAGGUCAUCUAUCCAUGAGCCUGGGUUAGUUCUUUUGAGCCAGGUUCUGGGGGUUUAGGCUGAGAAAUUUUCCUUAAGAAGUAGUGACUCUCUAGGAUGGUUCUGUAGACGUAAAAUGGAGACUCGAUGUUUUUUAAAUGGAGAAACCCUUGAAUUGUGGUGUUUGGAACAGAUGGUGGGAGCAUGAAGAGGAUGGUUAUGUAAUUUCAGCUACAUGAUAAUAUGUAAUAUGAGAAUAAUAUUAUAGGAGAGAAAAGCCCUUCCUGCUGUGUGAAUAAGCAAGGCCCUGAGUGCCCUGGAUUGAGCCCUAUGAGGAGGGGAACAGCGGCAGGAUGGCAGCCUGGAUUUUGUAGCUUCCUGGGCAUUUUGCUACAGCUUUGUUACUCAGAGCAAACUGCCUUUAAGGGCCUGGAUAUCCACAAACCUUCCGUCCCUCUAGUCCUGGGUUUGGGGACUUGGCAGAGUGCCAUCAAGAUUAAGAGGCAAAGUUUGUCUCUCAGUCUUCCAAAGGCCGUUUCCCUUCCUGCACUGAGGUCUCUGAAUGACACUUCAUGGUUGGGAGCCAGGCUGGAAAGGACCGUUGAGUCUUUGAGUGUUUGGCAUGUGGGUUGCAGCAUCAGGCCAACCUAUGCCGGUGUACCGAACUCGACUGAAUGCUGGCGUCUUAAAUAUACAUAUUCAUAUUUUUAAGGGCUGUUGUUUCUCUUGUGCUUAAAAAUUUUAAUUUUAUUUUACAAAACAUGCAGAGUAUCUCCUCAAAUUUCCGUUACCAUAAAAACCGUAUGCAAUAAAUACCUCAUCAUAAGCUUACCUGAAAUUGAUAGCUUUAAACCUUUUAAUAUAAGCCUAGAUUAUGGUUUAAUGUAAGCAGUUUUCAUUCUAAUACCUUCAGAAUCUUUUUCAAAGUACUGUAGUUUUGUAACGGACCAUUUAUGCCCUCCUUCUAUUGUUUUCCUUCCUUUCACUGCCUCUAAACCUUUCCUGGGGGUAGCCUGGAAUUUAAAGGUGGGUGCAGGUUUUAGAAAGCUGCUGCUGUGAAGAAUAUUUCCCACCCUCACCCCCUCCCCCCAUUACUCAAAAAUGAUUGACUCCUUGCUCUGAGAAGCUCACCAUAGUUAACAUAUUUCUGUAUACUUGUCCCUUUGCCAAACAAUUUUUUUUUUUCUGCUCUUCUACAGGUAGUAUUAACACAGGAUAUUUUUAUACCUAUAAAACCGAUGAGCUUUUCAAGCUUUUCUUAUCCUGUUAAGGUUUAUGAAUUUUUAAGUCUAAUAACUAGUAUCAUGGAAUUUUGAACAAACAAAAGUUCAUUCCAUCCUCACUUUUAAAAAAUUAUAAAUUGUUGGCAUUUUUGCCUAGAGAAUUUAUAUGUAUAACAUUCUUGCCUUCACCAUGCUUCUGAGAACAGUCAAGUUUUCUGUGGUGUGUGUGUGUGUGUGUGUGUGUGAUGGAAGCUCUGUUUUCUUUCCCUAUUAUUAUACUGAAAUAUGCUAAUAUAUUCAUUUUAGUUAAAUGCUGCUAAUUUGCAUACUUCUUACUUGAAUGUUUUUAUAUAUUUUGAUAACUUUAAUAACUGCAGGUGAUGUCUGUAUAAUUGUUAAAGUGCAGCUCUCGCUAACAAAUGUGCAUUACAACUACUGAUUAAACUAUG